AUGACAUCCAUCGGGUUGCUCGGUGACGUCCCCACUACGUCCGUUUUCAGUAUGAUGCCGACAGGCUUACCUUCAUCUUUCUCUCCCAAGCGCAAGCGAGAGCCCUCAGAAUCAGAUUGCUAUAGCCCCUCAGCGUCACCCACAUCGAUAUCCUCUAUCGACAGUUUUCAAGAGGUUCCACUUCGGGACGAGGACGAGCUGGAAAGCUACAGUCCUCGCACUGCAGUGGUUGGACGAUUUGGGGAGUUAGCCAUCCGUGGCGACCUUCUUUCGGACUCUGGAACCUUGACUGGCAAUCCACGGCGAGGAUCUUUGGUUCUACAGGCCCAGAAAGCAUGCGAGCCUGACAGCCACGAGGUCAAGAAUAUGCCUGAAGCCCUACCGGCCACUAGCAGCGAACCCGGUGACCGCCAAGCGCUGCGAUUCGAGCCGCCCGCAACACAGGAUCCAACACAAGAUCCGACUUCCUUGCCCAAUUCCCCCUCAAAGAAGAAGCCUGCAACAUUCUCUCGCAAGAAUUUGAAUCCCCCAUCGCCAUCUAAACGCAAGCAACGACUAUCCCCUCCUCUUGCGGAUACUCCGUCUGAAGAAGACCCGCUUGUAUGGCAUGAUUCGGAAAUAACAGGCCACAACCCAUCUGACCCGACGGAUGAUGGAUAUGGGAUCAACGGUAUAGGCUUCAAGCCCACCGCCUCAAUCGCGUGGGAAAGAUCACAGAGGCGACAAAAGCAAGUGGCAGAAUGGAGGAAUCGCGAAGCCCGGGAGGCUCGUGAAAGGCGACGCGAAAGGAGGAGGGAUGGCGUUGAGCUAGACAACUUGCGCGGCAUAAACGAAGGUGCAAUUCAGAAGCGAGUGAAAUUCAAUGUCUAG